AUGCUGAUGCUGGUUGUCGUGGUGACGGCUCAGAGGCGCGGAGGGGGCGGAGCCAAGGCCAACUCGCGGACCACCACCACGACCACAACGGACCACGAGUGGGACUACCGAGCCGGCUUUGUGACUGAUAAGGUGAACAUGAAGAACGUGGCCAAUCUGACCGAGGUCCUGGACAACUGGAAGUAUGACAUCAUCAACCAGAUGAAGAACCAGCUGACCAACGACCAUCAGAGCCUGCUCCCGGACUAUGCAAGGGUGGUGGGGGGGUUGGGGAAUUUGGAAUUUGGGAUAGUUGUGUUGGGGGGUGGUGGUUUUGAUUUAGGGGUUUUGGGUGGGGGGUGUUGUUUUUUGGUGGGGUGGGUUGAUUGUGUUUUGGGGGGGGGGGGGGGGGUUUGGGUAGUGGAUGUUGGGGGGGGUGUUGAUUGUGUUUUGGUUAAGUGUGGUUUGGGUGGGGGAAGGGGUGGUAUUGAUGGGGGGGGGGGGGGGGGGGGGUGUAUGUGUUGGGUGGGGGGGGAUGGGUGUGUAGGUGGGGUGUGGGUUGAGUGUGGGUGGAUAUUUGGGGGGGGGGUGUGGGGGGGGUGGGGGGGGGGGGGGGGGAUGUGGUUGGGGGGGUGGGAGGGGGUGUAUAUGGGGGGGGGUGUGGGGGGUUGUAGGGUGUUUUUGAGUAUUGGGGGGGGGGUGUUGGGGGGGAUUGGGGGGGGUGGGGGGUGUGUGGUUUGA